AUGAAAACGGGGCCACCUAAGCGCGCGGAUGGGCCGGCUCUAUUUCCGUCGGUUAUGCCGCAUUAUUUGGACCGAGUCGCGUUGGGCAGAGCUCUGCAGGAGCGCGCGAAUCCCCUCCUCGAGGCACUUGCCGCCAAUGAUGCCUUGCACGCCCAUUCUCUCAAGCGCUUCGAGAGCGACGAACCUCCGCAGUAUGAUUCAGAUAGCUCAUCAGAAUACGAUGAAGACGACUCUCUCUCAGAAGAUCCCAAUACAAUCAUCGAGCGACCGCUCGACGAGGACGAAAUCAAGCGGAUUGCAUUCGCGUUGGGGCCUCAAGUGAGCCCCGGACAACUCUACCUCUCGGAAUCAAAGCGUGAGGAGAAGAGGAUCAUUGACAAUUGCCUCGGCUCAGUCUUUCAUAAGCCCAAGGGUAUCCGUCGGAUAGGGAUCGUUGCGCGCCACAACAUGAAAAAGCGUUGGGAAAAACUCGGCAUCUGGAAUCCCGCUUGGGGUUUUGCUGGGCGCAAUGUACAGUCCAACGACAACUUUUACGAAUGGCGAUGGAAGUGGGAUAAAGACAACGCAGCGUCUGAUCGCCACGAAUGGGAAGAGGGCAUCAUUAAACAGAUGCUAAUCCUACGAAAGAACUUGAGUCGCGGCGAGCAUGUCCCUGUUGAGCCGCAACCUUCGCUCGCACAAGACGCCACAGCUUCUCAGGCUGAGUCAUAUUUUGUCUCCAGGCCUUGGUUCAUGUUUGAGCUUGAAUUCACCGAAGAGAAACAACGACUAAGUCGUGUCUCCUUCAAAGACCAACAUAAGCUGCCUCAGAAUUCAAGCAUCGGGCAGGUCAUCGAAAGGUGGAAAGAGCGUGGAGACUGGAGGGAUGAGUACGAUGAAGAAGGUGUCACCUCUUGGAGAUGGAGAGGUGAAUCUCCCUCUCCUGAACCCGAAGAUCUUACGCCCAUACAAAACAUGGAUAGCUUCGAUUCGCUGGACGCUACGGUCAUCGAUUUCACACCUUCGGAGCUCGACGAAUUGGAGACCAACGAACUCCCAUGGGAGGAACAGCCGGAGACCUACUGGGUUGUAUCAAAGGGCAUGGAAGAUACGCCUGCAUUCCCUGGACAGAUGCCGGAAGGUCACAGUCACGAUCACCAUUCCGAUCCUAUGCCCAUCGCGCGAUGCAUCGGAACAGAAACCGCUUGA